AUGUUAUCUAUGGUCAGGGGUGGAAAACUGAAAGAUGUUGCAGUUGAUGCUCAUAUACGUUCCUACUGUUGGUCUGGUGAUCUCAUUAGAUCUGCCUCUUCCUCUGGUGAUUCAAGAUUUCCUUAUGUGCAUUCAAAUGAGUUAGUCUUUGAGUUGCAGAAGGCUAGAGCUGCAGAAUCUGAUUUGGUGGGUGGUGAGGAUCUUAUUGAAGGAAUAAAAAAAUGUUUUAUUAAAAUGAGUUUUGUUUAUGUCGUGGUCAUGAUAGAUUGGUACACUGAGAUGCUGGCCUGGUGGCUUUUGUCUUUCACUGUUUUAAGGAAUGUGAGUCAAUGGUCAGCUAGGACGAUUCAAGUUGAAGAGAGCGUUCACAAAGCUUACAUUUCUCUUAUUGAAAAAGCUAAACACUUCAUCUACAUUGAGGUAAAGUUGAUGGAAGAAAGGAGUAUAAAGCCACUUGAUUUAAAUCUUGUAGCAUUAUCAACAACAUGCAGUAAAGACUUGGAGUUGAAUUUGGCUAAGUCAUUAUUGAGUGAGAUGGGCCAAUGUACAACUGCUUAUCCAUAUAAUCAGCUGUUUGGAGCAUUAGUCUCAAAGAAUUAUGAAAGGCAAGAUGCAACUUUACUUAGUUGGAAUUUGAUAUACAUAGUAGAUUGGAUGCAAAUCUAUAUAUUGUAA